AUGGUCGCUCUCGGCAACUCUCGCAUCACCGCGCUGGUAACUGAGCUCGACGAUGCAAAGCAAGACCGAGGAGCACGACAGCAAACAGACACAAGUCAACUUUGGGAGAAGGAGGACCAACUGAGCAAGCGAUCGAUGCGAGUCACCCAGCUGGAAGUCGAUAUCAAGCGUUAUCAAGACGACGCYGGCCAUCAACUCGCAACGACUACGAAAAUUACCGCGGAGGUGAAAGCAAAAGACGAGAGGCUGAAGCAGCUGAGCGAAGAACUGAGAUCCCACCAUGAUCAGCUCGAGGCGCGAUCCUCGCGUAUCACACAAUUGAAUGACGAUGCUAACGCUGCCGAGCGAACAAGUCGCAGAGAGAUUGCGAUGUUGACCGCCAAGCUGGACUGUCGGAAUGAACAAGUCAUUCGGUUGGAAGCGCAGGUGAAAUCGCAAGGAGACGAGCUCGAGGCGCGAUCUUCGCGUAUCACGCAGCUACUGCACCAAUCGGGCAGCAAAACAGAAGAAUUUCUCAGCCAAGAUUGUCGCGGUUGA